AGGGAAGGCGAAGGAUCCAAUGCUUUCAUUAAAGCUUUCGUUUCUCCCGUUUCUGCAUUUCCAGCUUCAGUUGAAUGAAACCGUUUUCUCUCUCUACCCUGACAAAAUCACACCUCCAUUAUUAUUUAUUCUUCUUCCCCAUUCUCUAAGCUACCAACAACCUCCAUUUUCAUCAUCAAAUCCCCUUCUCCUUUCUCCAUCAAUCGUCAUCAUGGCCUCAGGAUUCCAAGAAAUCUCCCCCCUCACGCACCCUCGCAUUUCCUUCACCGCCAUUACUACGCCACAAUCCUUCCGCGUCAAUUUGAACGACGCCACGAACCAGAUCGAUUUCAUUUUCGCUCUAAACGAUGAUCCUCCACUCGCUUCCGAUUCCGUUUCCGUUUCUCUCGAUCGUUCCGCUCCACCAGACUCGAUCUCCGACGACGACGACGGUUUCAGAACGCCGACGUCUUCCGAUCAUAAGAUUCCGGUGGUUCAACAGUGUCCGCCGGCUCCUAGACGACCGAAGCCGAUCUCCUGCUCCAGAACCUUGCCGAGAACUUCAGGUGUUCGUAGAGGUUUUCGAGUGUAUAUCUCAGACGAAAUCGCGGACUCGAUCUUCUGCCCCGAUUUGCUGCACCAGAAGACUAAGAAAGCUCGGAAGAACGGUAAUGGCGGUGAAUGAAAUGAAAUUGUUAGUUUCUCUUUAUUAAUUAAUCAACUGUCGAUUUCUCCUGAGAGGAAAAUCAUCCAAAGAUCCAAAAACUCCGACGAAUAGGAGACCAGGCACGAACAAAAUCCAUGAAUAUCUGUGCAGUUCCACGUUUUCUUUUUGAUGUAUAUCUGCCUAGUUAUGAACGCCUUUUUGCUCCUCAAUGAAGAAUUUGGAUAUUCCACAUGGUUUCUAUAGUCAAUUUGUGAUCCUAGAUUUUGAUCU